GGGAGGGUCGAACCCGGAGCAGGGUCGGCGUGUGAAGCCGACGGGCGGACCGGCGGCGAGAUGUUCAGCUGGAUGGGGCGGCAGGCGGGCGGGCGCGAACGCGCAGGCGGCAUGGACGCCGUGCAGACGGUGACGGGCGGCCUGCGCUCGCUCUACCUGCGCAAGGUGCUGCCGCUGGAGGAGGCGUACCGCUUCCACGAGUUCCACUCGCCCGCGCUGGAGGACGCCGACUUCGAAAACAAGCCCAUGAUCCUCCUAGUGGGCCAGUACAGCACGGGCAAGACCACCUUCAUCAGAUACUUACUGGAGCAGGAUUUCCCAGGCAUGAGGAUUGGUCCAGAGCCCACCACCGAUUCCUUCAUCGCUGUGAUGUACGGGGAAACCGAGGGCAGCACCCCAGGGAAUGCUCUAGUUGUGGACCCCAAAAAGCCGUUUCGAAAGCUUAGUCGCUUUGGAAAUGCUUUCCUGAAUCGAUUCAUGUGCUCCCAGCUGCCCAAUCAGGUCCUGAAGAGUAUCAGCAUCAUCGACAGCCCCGGCAUCCUGUCCGGGGAGAAGCAGCGCAUCAGCCGAGGGUAUGAUUUCUGCCAGGUCCUGCAGUGGUUCGCUGAGCGGGUCGACAGGAUCAUCUUGCUCUUCGAUGCCCACAAACUGGACAUCUCGGAUGAGUUCUCGGAGGCCAUCAAGGCCUUCCGGGGCCAGGACGACAAGAUCCGCGUGGUGCUGAACAAGGCCGACCAAGUGGACACGCAGCAGCUGAUGCGAGUCUAUGGGGCCCUCAUGUGGUCUCUGGGCAAGGUCAUCAACACACCCGAGGUGCUGCGCGUCUACAUCGGCUCCUUCUGGGCGCAGCCCCUGCAGAACACUGACAAUCGCCGGCUCUUCGAGGCCGAGGCCCAGGACCUCUUCAGGGACAUCCAGAGCCUUCCCCAGAAGGCAGCGGUGCGCAAACUCAACGACCUCAUCAAGCGAGCGAGGCUGGCCAAGGUACAUGCCUACAUCAUCAGCCACCUGAAGAAGGAGAUGCCCAGUGUAUUUGGAAAGGAAAACAAGAAGAGAGAGCUUAUCAGCAGGUUGCCGGAAAUCUACAUUCAGCUACAGCGGGAAUACCAGAUUUCUGCAGGGGACUUCCCCGAGGUCAAGGCAAUGCAGGAACAGCUUGAGAUCUACGACUUCACCAAAUUCCACUCCCUGAAGCCCAAGCUGAUCGAGGCCGUGGACAACAUGCUGAGCAGUAAGAUCUCAUCGCUGAUGAGCCUCAUCAGCCAGGAGGAGAUGAGCAUGCCCACACAGCUCGUGCAGGGCGGCGCCUUCGACGGCACCGCCGAGGGCCCCUUCAACCAGGGCUACGGGGAGGGCGCCAAGGAGGGCGCCGACGAGGAGGAGUGGGUUGUGGCCAAAGACAAGCCCAUCUAUGACGAGCUCUUCUACACCCUGUCGCCCAUCAAUGGCAAGAUAUCGGGCGUCAACGCCAAGAAGGAGAUGGUGACCUCCAAGCUGCCCAACAGCGUCCUGGGCAAGAUCUGGAAGCUGGCCGACUGUGACUGCGACGGCAUGCUGGACGAGGAGGAGUUCGCGCUGGCCAAGCACCUCAUCAAGAUCAAGCUCGAUGGCUACGAGCUGCCCAACAGCCUUCCCCCCCACCUUGUGCCCCCCUCUCACAGGAAGUCCCUGCUGAAGGCCGACUGAGGGGCAGGACGCACACAGGGCAGGCAGUGGGGGGUGGGAAUCGGGGCACCUGGGCCUGAGGCCCACACUGCCACUGACUCAUUGAGUGACCCUGGGCAAGGCACUGCCCUCUCUGUGCCUCAGUUUCCCCAUCUGUAGAACGGGGAGGGCAGACACUGCACACUAGAUGAGGUCCUUUCACCUCUAAAGUUUCCUGAGUUUCUAUUAAAAUAUUGGGGAGAGGGGGUGGAUAAGGAGAUUGAAGGGUUGAGAAGAAAGAGAAAUUGACCAAAGAGUACUCAGAAGCCAGGGAGGCAGAGAUGUGGAGGUGGGCCUUGUGGAAUCCUAGAGCCACAGGGAGUGAGCUGGGGGCUCUCCUGGAGCAGUUGAGUCUGCUGGGCUUCCCUGGACCGCUCUUCACCAUGAACCUCUCUGUGCCUCAAAGGGCACUGGGAGGGAGCAAAGGUGAUCUUAUUCAUUUUGUUUCCUGCUAUAGUUAGAGUGGAAGAAAACAGAGCAGAGAGGGUUUCUGUUCUCCCCAAACUCUACCAAAGAGAAGAAGACUGCCGCCCUGGGUUUGAAAGGAGGACGCACUGUGUCUGUGUGCGCCCGUCCCUUCGGCAGGCUCGAGCAGAACGGGCAGCCCGGCCAGCAGAGAGCGUCUGUCCUGCACCCGCUGACCAGCCCUCCCAGGGCUCCCCCCACCCAGGGCCCUUCCAGCAAAGUUGUGUUUGGUUAGGAAUUUGGAACUCACAGCCUUUAUUAACACCUGACAAGAUUUCCAGUAUUCAAGUCAUGUUGAAAUCUGAAGAUUAGCUUUUCUUACUGGUCUGUCCAGUAAUACAUAGCAGAGUCUAUUUAUCAUACCUAAAUGACAGUAAGGAGAAGAGGUGGCUCUCCUCAGGCCUCAGUGUAGUUACAUGUCCCCAAGGCUCCUUGGUUGAUGGCAGGAUUUAAAUUCAGCAAAAAUAUGUCUUGGUGCGUGCCAUGUCCUGGGCCUGUGGACACAAAGGGGAAUGAGAGGCCAGCCUGCCCUGGGCUGUCAGAUAGAA